AUUUUCUUUCUGUAUCUCUAAUAUCUUUUUGUUAAUAUCUUUAGGUCUUUGAGGGAGAAGUUUCAGACCAGCCGUCUUAUAAGAAGUAUAUCUAGCGGAAAUUAUAACAUUCUACACCACCAGGGGGACAAUGUUCGUGACGAAUUAGAACGCUUAGUAGAAGAAACGCCGCCUCCACAGCAGAGGCCUCUAGCUCGCCAGUCCAUCCAGAAAUCCCAUAGCUCGGAUGCCGUCCUCGAGUCUGAUAGUGAGUCGUCCACUCCCCAACACAAGCUCGAACCCCGAUCAGUAGCUCAGACUUUCCCUGAUCAGAGCGCGGUUUCUGAUGAGGUAGUGGGUAGCAGUCCAGAUUACCGAUCUGUAAGACGGUUAAAAGCCUCACAAAGUGUGUAUCAGUUCUGUUGGACAAGUAAUGAAAAGAUGACAAGUGGGGAUUCCAGCAUCUCUACCCAAGAGGCAAGCUCUCCACAAAAUUUAUUUUUCGCUAAGUUUACUCAGGGAGACCAAGGUAGUCAAAAUACAUCAACACGCACUUCACGGCUUAUCUACGGGGGACCACUUUCUACAGUUCGAGAUGUGGAAGAGGAAAAUAGCGACGCUAGUCUUAUCAGUGACGUUGACCAGAAACGGGGCAGAUUAGAUCCUGCCGGUGGUCUUCUAAUUGACUUUGAAAAUCCUGACCAGUUGGAGUCGGACAGGCCAAAAUCCAGCGGUUAUACGUCGUGCGCGACGUUGUCGGACCUGCCAUCUCAGCUGUGUACUCCGAACGUUGAAAGUCAAAGUUUUCCUCAUUCUGCGUCCCAUAGUUCUGGCUACCACUCUAUUACAGAAGAAGAGGCAGUUGGAAAGGAAAUUUAUCGAGACCAUCGAGAGUUUGCCGGGUGUCUAAACUCUACCGGUCCCAAAAAACGGUCAUUUCGGAGCCACGAGUUUCCUUUUGAACUUAAAAUGCUCAAUUUGAUCGAAAAUCCUUUGUCUGAUCAAACUUUCAACCGAAACUUGAUAGCUUCUGGUAAAAGUCGAUCUCACUCUUGGGAUAGAGCUUCCCAACGUAAAGAUGUUGUAGGGUAUCCACUCUACUCCAAAACCACAAUGCUAAGCGAGAUUGGACAGCAGAAGUCUAAGACCUCACCUCGCGAGGUCAGAAAGAGGGAAAGACAACAAAAAUCACCUCACAAAAAGUGGUCAAUAACCGGAAGUCCGGGAAGGUCAAAAGUUGAACAAAAUAAUUGGGAACUUUGCAUGUACGUAUUUGGGGGCCGAGAACGAGGAGUGCCCAUUGUUACAAGGCAGCCCAUCACCGUUUGGAAAUUUUACGUAUAAGUUUUAGUAAUUGGUAUUGUUGGUUAAAUAUUUGUGAUUCGUUUAAUGUAUGAAAUCCUAAAUACGUCGGUAAUGUUUAAGUGUUUCAACCUAUAUUCGCAAAAGUUUCAAAAUCUGUACUCCACUAAUAGAAGAUAAGAAUACUUUUCAGUUAACAUCGCAGGCUAGAAAUAAAUUAUUAUCAAUUUGAGAAAAUCUUUUUAGAUACUUUACUGCUACUAAAACAAGAUCGUGUAUGUUACUUAUGUGCCAAUUAUUGACAUAAAAAAGGAGAGCCCAAUUA